AUGCUGAUUCAUGACGACGAAAUCAGAAACCAGAAAGUGAAGAGAAUACAGAAAGUUUGCAGAAAGGAAACAACGAUGAAUUUUCUAGGAAGUCAAAAUGAAGAAGAUAAGAAAAGAAAAACAAUUUCCAUGAGGAGAAGGAAAGAAAAAAUUCCCCGCACGAGUGAAAAGUUUUCCGUUAAAAGCUACUCAGCAACUCAUACAAAUGUAGAAGAUAUGUAA